UACCACACACCUGACUGAAGUCACCAUCCAUUCUUGAAGGACACCAGGGGAGCUAUAUUCUCUUUAGCACUACUGGUCCAUCUAUCUUCACAUUCUGCCACAUAAGGGGUUACAAAUUCAUUUGGAGAUAGCAUUAUAGGCAAUUGACGAGAGAUAACUGUCACCGUGAUAAUGGCCAGAAAACAUGCCAAGCGGCAACUAGGAGGUUUUGCUGCGAGCACCAUAGCAUGGUUCCUUUGCAGUGUCUCUAUGGGCCUCCCUCAAUGGCGAGUGUGGUUCUUUCAAGAUCCCAUGGAGUCCAAGCCUGGCAUGACCUUAGUAGGCAUGUGGAGAACCUGCGUUUACCACCAGAAAAGUAAUUCCACCUUUAACAGAGUGUGUUACAAAUACACCUACCAGGAUACCUUCAUCCCUCUGGAUAUUCGAGUUGCCCAACAUCUGCUACUCAUCGCAAGCCUACUUGGCAUUAUUUCCAUAAUUUCCGUUAUCAUUGCUCUUUGGAAAUUAUACUCGGGGAGACUCCGGAAGAAAGUCGCCUUCAAUCCAUUCCGCCUUCCAGGGAUUCUGAACGUCAUUGCUAGCAGCUUUGUCUUACUUUCCAUCUUGUACAAUUAUUUAUCGAUCAUUCGCAAGGAUGGGAUUGCCUUCCCUCCAUCUUUCCACACACCCUCCUUCCCAGAUAGUCAAAAAGUUGGCACUGCACUGGCAAUGGCAACUCUUUCCUGUUUCUUAUUUCUUCUAGGUGGUAUAAUCCCCCUUUCUUUCACUCUUCCCCCACGUUGCCGAGUGCGCUAUAAUAUUUAAAAGUAAAUUUCCAACUUAUAUAGAUUUGAAAAUCUAAAAUUACCAUUAGGAAUUGCAAGCACUCUUCAAAUAACUACUUAAAAUUUCCAGAUGCAAAACCAUGCCCAAUGAUGAAAAGUAGGCCUCCUGAUAUUUCCUGUCUCAGUUGCUCCAUUAAUUUCAUUGGCUUACUGAUUUUCAUUAAAUAAAAUCUUUCCCAAUU